AUCACUAAUGUCAAUUCAACAAAUCAAAAUAAAGUGCACAAAUGUUUGAAACAAUACCCAAAAUACGUAUAUUUAUAAAUUUUCUUCUAACUAUAGAAAUAUGUCUGGGUCUAGCGAUUAUAACGGUAACUUGGUUUUAUCAAAAACUAUUGGCUACAUUUCUAACGGAUUCGGAAGUUGUAAUAUUAACAUCAAAGUUCUUUAAUGCCUACAUUUUGGGCUUUCAAUUGUUUGCCUCAUUUUUGUGUGCCCUCUCGAUGUGGAGCAGUUUAUGGCCUCGUCGUUAUACGGAAAAUAUACAACUUUUAUUAAGUGUUUGGUUGGUUUAUUGUUUUCUAAUUGUGGCUUGUGGUGCUGCGACAAUUUGGUCACUGUUUGCCAGUACUGGUACUCUUUCGGAAGAAGCGGAAAUUAUAUUGCUGAAGGGUAUAGAUAAUUAUUAUUUAAAACCCGAGUGGAAAUUUCUUUGGGAUAAAUUGCAGUAUUCUAAGGAAUGUUGUGGUGUUUAUAACUAUACCGAUUGGAUGCAGGCCUCUUGGAUGUCGCAAAAUAUAAGGGAAUAUCGUGAGGCAAUGUUUGAUAUUAACAUCAUGCCGGAAUAUGCUAUGUGUACUACCACCGAAUGUUCUCCGUAUUACUUUGAUAAUGAUAACAGUGAUCAAUUUGGAAAUCAACCAGAAUUUCCAAAUAUCCCGCCCUCAUAUGGCUCUAGUGAUCAAAUGUAUGGGCAGCAAAUCUUGGCUCCCUAUGCUUGCUGUAAGCACAAUAGUUCAUCCUGUUAUGCCAACUAUAUGCCCCAUGUGAAAAGAUCUUCUAGUGAUAGUAAUCGUUUGCCACAUCUAAAUUUAACAGAUAUAAAUACAAAAGGUUGUUUUACGCUAUUCACUCGCCAAUUGUCAAAUAUUAUGGAUUUACUUUUCAUUCUCAUAUUGGUGGCAGUUCUUAUAGAUAUUUUAAUAUGUUGCCUCACAAAAUAUCUAAUGGCUACCAACUAUUUGAGAAGCUAUCGGGAGUUUAAUAACGAUUUAUGUAUGUUCGAUGAUGAGGGCAAUGCUUUGGUGGUUAUAAAAUGCCCCCCAAAAGUUAAGUGCAUAACAUUAGAGGAACCCAAUACCUUUUCAGGUUCAGAUAUUCCCAAUAUGGUGUCAAGUACGGAGGCGUGCCAAUGUUGUAGCAAUGGCCAGGAAAAUGUUGUGGAUCCGGAUGGUCGUUUAAAGCCCAAAAAGAAAAAUAACUCAUAUUUUGUACACUAG